AUGGCGCCCGCUCUCACAGACUCUUUGCCAACGGCACCUCAUAACUUGUCAGCCCCGCUGGACAUCUUCCCUGAUGGCCUGAAAACCACCGGUCAACACCCUCCCAUCUAUGACGAGAUUUGCCCCUUCGACAAGUUCCCCCGUCAGAUCACUGGCCCAACAGUAUGGAAGGCCGAGGAUUAUCGCGAGCACCCCGAGAAGUGGACGCAUCGGUUCACUCCCGAGCAGAUCGAGGAGCUGAGCGCAGCUUCGGAUGCUUUCCUCGCAUCCAAGACCCCUAUGACCGGAAUUUCCAAGAGCAACUUCCGCCUUCCCAAGUUCGCAGACUACCUUGAAACCCUGCGCCUUGACCUCAUUGACGGAAAAGGCUUCAUUCUGUUCAAGGGCUUCCCCGUCGAGAAAUGGGGUAACCACAAGUCCGCCGUGGCCUACAUGGGUCUCGGUACCUACCUCGGCUACUUCGUUAGCCAGAACAGCCGCGGCCACGUUCUCGGUCACGUCAAGGAUCUCGGGGAAGACUCAGCCCAGAUUGACAAAGUCCGCAUCUACCGCACGAACGCUCGCCAAUUCUUCCACGCUGACGACUCCGACAUCGUCGGUCUCCUCUGCAUCCACCGCGCUCUCGAAGGCGGCGAAUCAGACCUGGUCUCCUCCCACAACGUCUACAACACUCUCGCCCUGGAACGCCCGGACGUACUGAAGACCCUAACCGAACCAAUCUGGUACUUUGACCGCAAGGGCGAAACCAGCACAGGCGAAGAAGAGUUCAUCCGCACAAGCGUCGUCUACCUCGAGCGCGGCGAGAAUGGCCGUGUCUACACAAAAUGGGAUCCAUACUACGUGCGGUCUCUAGGCCGCUUCUCCGACGCCGGAAUUAUUCCGCCCUUGUCCGAUGCCCAGAAUGAAGCAUUGGAAGUUCUCGAGGAGGUUUGCAACAGACUCAGUCUGCAUAUGAUUCUUGAGGUGGGCGAUAUUCAGUUCUUGGCGAAUUCGCAUAUCUUGCAUGCUAGGACUUCGUAUGUGGACCAUGCGCCGCCUAUGCCCAGACGGCAUCUUAUGCGGCUUUGGUUGGCGACGCCCGAGCAUGAGGGCGGUUGGAAGUUGCCUUUUUGGGAUAGUAAUGAGAAGAAGAGGGGGGGGUAUUCAGGUUGA